AUGCAACCAUAACUUCUCAUCAGCAUAGACCAUCUUCUUUCUGUUGUGUAACCAAUGGCUCAUUCGUCAAACUACAUUUCUUUCCUUCUCUUCACCACCCUUUUCUUGGCUCUUCAAAUCUCUGCAAGAGACAGCCAGUUCUUCAGUAAAGUCUCCCAUUUCGACAACAACAAUGUCAAAGAGACAGAACUUCCCAACAAAGAAGCACCAGAAGCAAGCAAGGUAGAUCAACAACCAGCUUUCGUUCCCGAGACUGAAAACAGCUAUGGCCUGUAUGGUCACGAUGAGUCUAACCAGGUUCCUUCCACCACCACAACAAAAAAUGCCGAUUCUUACACCACCCCAACUUCUUACCACCCCUACAAGACCGAGUUUCAGAACACCAAGUACUUUAACAACGAUGCCUACAACAAUAGGUUCGCGGAAACGAACGACAACAAGAAUUCUUACGAGGGUGACCAAGAUGAGUUAAGCGACACAAAGUACGCUGAACAAGGUUACAACAAUAACUAUCAGAACAACAACCAGAAAUACUACAACAACGAUGCUGCCAGUUACAAAUCCUACGGCAACAACCAGAAAUACUACAACAACGAUGCUGCCAGUUACAAAUCCUACGACAACAACAACAAUCAGAAGUACCAGAAGAGCAAUAAUAAUUAUAAUGGUAACGCUAACAGGUACAAUGGUGAGAAGCAAGGUAUGAGUGACACAAGGUUUUUGGAAGGUGGAAGGUAUUUUCAUGAUAUUUACGCGGAAGAGAACCAUCCUACUAACUACGAUGAUUCAUCCAGGGGAGUGAACAAUAACAACUGGUACAACAACAGAGGUGGAAAUUACAAUGGGUACCAGAACCAGGAGGAGUUUGAAGAUGAACAUGAGAACUUUGAGCCAUGAGCUUCGAUCACUGUCUGAGUGAAGAGCUCACUAUACUUUUGAGUACCACUGUGGGUGUUCUAUGUUUUUAUUGUGCUUUAGAUUCAAGAAAACACAAAGUAACAGUUUACGUUAAUUAUGGGGGACUUUUAUUUUAUUUUUUACUUAGUAGUACUUCUAUUAAGUCCUGUUUAACGAAUUGCAUUGUCUCUGUCAUCAUCAUCUCAAAAUAUAGCGUCAAGUGCAAGAGCAUAAGCAACUUUUUUGCUUAUCACCUAUUAAUAAGUUGUAUAAUGUUACCUAAGCUUGCAUGU